AUCGGUUGAGGUCAGGUAUGUGUAUUAAUACACAAACCUGGUUGAGGUUUAUUUACCAUUAAACUCGUGAUCGAUAAAGGUGGAUAUCAUUGGAAUCUACUAACAGGGCUAUUUUUGUGAGAGAUACCUGUUUGCAAUGGGUCGACCAAGGCUCGACGCGUACAUCCGCGGUAUAGAUUACCUUGGUGCCAAACAGCAGUAUGAAAAUAGCGAUGACAAUCCGGGGAACAAACUGAUAGAUUACUAGCGACUCGUGAACUCUGACAGCACGUUUGACAUUGAGCAAUUGAAGAGUGGUUAUGCCGCUUUUCGAGAGAAAGUCUGCGUAUCCAAAUUUCCCGGUCGCCAUUCGGGUCCGUACUGGGUCGCCAAGUCCACUCUUUAUGUGCUAGAACGACUUUCUAACGAAUUCGACAAAAACGAGUCUCAGUUGAAAGCGAUUGGUCGCGAACAGUUUGAAACCUGGCUUGCUCUGCUGAAGGCAAAACCGAGCUCCGGUCACGUGGAUUUGAUGUCAUUGGUCAACACAGAUCGUUAUAAGCUAUAUAUCCAGAGCUGCUCGCCCUCUGAAUUGGACAAAAUAUUGGCGUCGAUGAAAAUGACGUUUUCAUACGACCCAUCCGAAUCAGAAGAAGAAAGCACAUAUGCCGACUUCUUACAUACCGCAAUUGUACAGUUUUUCAACAAGUUCGAGACAGGGCAGCUAGAUGCCUCUAGAAAGUCAUUUCUUGACCUUUACAUUUUCUACCGAAGUCAACUUUGUACACAGUCAGAAAUGAUGCAGCGCUACCAUGGGUACACUGUCAGAGAUAUGCGAAGAGUAUUUGAAGACAAGAACCCUUACAAGGGACUCAAAGAUGCACAGGUUCUGAAACAACACUUGGAGCAAAUCAAGGAGGAAAUAAGAACUACUGACUCAGAUUUUGGGACUCUUCAGGUCGAAGACACUUUGCAAUGCAUACUUGAUGCAUCUAGCCAAGAUGAGCUCACGAGAGAGAUCUUUUCAGAAUGUACCGACAUUAUUGUGACAUUAGCUUUGCGAACUACUCGGCCUAAGAACUCGGAUCGUAUUUUCUUAGUAUUCCGAUUGCGCCUGUUCAGGGACUUUUCUAAGAAACACGGAAAACCCGACUCCAGUGUGUUCACUGCAAUGGCCAACAUGUGCUUAAAGAUGAGUCCGGUUGCGCACACUCUUCCCGAAGAUGGUUUACGGUGCAUUUCCGAAGCGUUCGAAUACUGCUGGGAAGGUUAUACCAACCUUUCUAGCGAGGAAACCACGUUGACACUGAAGGUUUGGACCUUAUUUCUGGAGUCAGGUAAAAAGGAUCUAACAAACAGAAUAUACGAUUCUCUCAGGGAUAAAGAACGGCUAGCACAAAUAGUAUGGAAAGAGCACAUGGAGGAGGUUAAAGGCCUGAUGGAAGCUGUCAGAAAAACACCGGAGGAAAAAAUCGAAAAAUUUUCACACUACGAAGAUGUAAUAAAAGACAUAUUCGCAUUGUUAAAAAAAAGCAAGUUACUUAAUACAAUUCGAAAGGAUAUAACACAGUUCGUGUUUGAUUGUGUGGUAUCUCAAUCUUUUGAGAAAUCUGGCUUAGGUGAAACAGCCUCGGAGUUUGUCGAUAUAACAAAAAACGACGGGGACUUGAUUGAGUUUAUUCUGGAUACCUGUUUGUCAGUGCUUCAGAGAACUGAGCUAUUUCAAAAGUUUGACGGGAAAAGUGCCUCGGCAAUACAGCGACUUUUAACAAAUUGUCUGGAAGCAUAUAAAGGGAACCCCAAACUUGUUACUGAUGUGCAACAUAAGAAGUGGCUGAAGCUGUUGGCGUUUCUAGGCGAGGACAUGGAGAGACUGUUUCCAGAAGAAGAGCCUAGCACUGUUUACCUCAACCUCUGUGGCAAUACAUGGGCUCCAUACAUUGCUUUGAUCGGGCAAACCCCAAGGUUAAACGAUUGUCUAGUUUUGUUUGACCAUAGUCUGAAAAUAGCCAAGUUAGUAGAAGAAAAUUCGAAUGGCUCGUUUCCCUAUAAGUUCAUGAGCUCCAUUUCCUUAGCGAUGCUGAUGUUGUUUGCCGUCAACAAACCGCCUGGAAUAGGUGUAUACGCUGACAGUAUAAUGGAUCUUUUUCUAGAAGUUGAAGAAUGCUCUAAUUUGUCAAUACUUGUGAACAACGUGUAUCCAUUGAAUCCAACGGCUGUGCAUGCCAGAAUACAGGCGUGUAUCGACAGAAUACAAACUAUUAAAGAUUCACAGGUCUCGGCAAUCUUGUCGGUGCUCACAGUGGUUGCUACAAAGCAUCCCGAGGUAUUCAACGCCAACCAGACAAAGUAUUUCAUUGAAAUGAGUACAAAUGCACAAAGCAACCUCACCUCGACCUAUUUGGCGAUCGCAAUGGUCAUUGCUCGCAAUAACCCUGCCAUCGUAGCCCCGCAUUAUAAAAUGCUGAUGACGGACAAGAGAUUUAAACCAGAUUCUCUUCCAGUUAGGAUAAUCAUGAUUGUAAAUAUAGCUGCUCAUAAUACGGCCGUAUUACACGACGUCAUGGACUUCCUGAUGUCAAUUAUGAACUCGAAUGACCCAGAAUUGGUGAAAAUUGUUAUUGGCCAACUAUCGAUGUUGGCCAAGAAAGAUCAGGACUAUAUGAAGAAACACAAACCGACUAUCGAAAAGCUCCAAAAUAAUACAAAAUCACUGGAAAUGAAAGAUUCUUUCCAAUGCCUGCUAGAUAUAAUCGACGGAAAAGGUGUUGAAGAAUUAAUUGAUGGAUUACAACAGCAACAACAGAUAGUUAGAACUCUUGAAGUCAAGGUUGGUGCCACAAUGAACACAGUGAUAUCACUCGGAGAACAAGUCAUCAAGCAAACUGAAGAAAUUUCUGAUAUUCAACAAGAUUUAGAGAAGGUUGAAGAGCGUGUAGAAGUUGUUGAAACUGACAUUGAUCAAACCAAACUAAAGGUGGAAGAAAUCGACAAUAAGACAAUGACCAAUGCUCCAAAAUGGUCCCGUGAUCUGUCCAAACUGAUGAAUCCAGAGGAGCGAAAUGAUUGGCGGCUGUUGGCCAGCCGGUUAGGCUACAAGAAUGCCGACAUUAAAGCAUGGGCUCAGCAGCAUGAUCCAUGCAUGGCUUUGCUGAGCGAAUGGUACGCCACACAUAAAACCAGUGAAGCUAACAAAGGCCUUCUUACGGCACUUCAAGAGAUGAAUCGUGUGGACGGGUUGAUUAUUGUAGAAAACGCCAUGAAGAUUGCUGAUAACGUUGUAGAAGAUGAUGAGUUUGAAUACGCGAGCCCGCCACCUGUGUUUCUUAGUUAUCAGUGGGGAAUUCAAAAUGAGGUGAAACUGUUGAAACAACACUUGGAGUCGGCUGGAUACGUGUGCUGGAUGGAUAUUGGCCAGAUGGGAGGGGGAGACAAGUUGUUCGAAAAAAUUGACAACGGCAUCCGCGGAGCCAAAGUGAUUGUUAGCUGCACGACCGAAAAAUAUGCAAAAUCUCCUAAUUGCAAUCGCGAGGUAAACUUGGCCGUUACUCUGGGAAAACCAAUAAUUCCACUGCUUAUGGAGAAAAUGGACUGGCCACCAAAGGGUUCGAUGGGGCCGAUAUUCAGUGAAUACCUGUUCGUUAGGUUUUUCCAACGUUCCGGAGAAGAGACUGCGGACUCAAGAUAUUGGCCAGUUGAAAAGUUUCAAGAACUUCUGAUGCAGCUCAAUUUUUACGCCGUCCCAGAUCACAGCCUUUUAAAGUCGGAAUAUAAAGACUGGUGGAAGCCAAUUACAGAAGACAUAAAAAUUGAAAAGAAAAAGGACGUUACAUUUCAGCAACAAAAUAAACAAGAGGUUUCAAACGGACCGUCUCCACAGAUUUUUUUGUCAUACCAAUGGGGAAAACAGCCUCAGGUAAAAGCUUUAUACGAGCGACUCAUUUCACUUGGGUACACAGUAUGGAUGGAUAUAUUUCAAAUGGGAGGAGGAGAUUCCUUGUAUGACAAAAUCGACAAGGGCGUUCGUGGUGCAAAUGUCGUGAUAUCAUGUGUUACUCCAAAGUAUGCCCUCUCUGCUAACUGUCGACGCGAGAUCAGCUUGGCCGAUGCGCUGAAGAAACCUUUAGUGCCUUUGAUGUUGGAGCAGAUGAAGUGGCCACCAGAUGGUCCCAUGAGCAUGGUAUUUACAGAAUUACUAUAUAUCAACAUGUGCAAUGAUGACGAUAUUCAGAAAACAUGGUCAGGUCUGAAAUUCGAUGAGUUGGUAACAAAACUCCACGAAUUUUUUCCGGACAACGGCCAGGUUGUCAAGGCUGUAGCAAGUAUUGUUAAAGCACCGGUUCAGGAAAAGGCAAAUGUUGAUGAGAACACAACCCCUAAGAGGCAGAUUAAUACUAUGACGGAUACAGCAAGUUCCAGUAAAUCACUGGUAACACCACAAUCUCCUUCAAUGACGGCUAUCACUCUUGUAAGAAAAACCGACCAGACACCUGAAGUGAAGGCGAUGCAUUCAGUCGCGUCUUCUCCAAACACGAACGGCAAGCCUGCAGUGGAUUCUAAAUCGUCGUCAUGCGUUGUCAUCUAACAUGAAGUAACUAUGGUUAUGUUUUUAGCAAACUUUGAUCAUGUGAUAAAUGAACCGAUGCUUAGGAAGUAUAAUGAUUUUGAUACUUUUGUAUUAUUUUAAUCUUUUUUAUUCAUAUUCCUGUUUUCCAAACCGGAGGUCAUACGAAUAAUCCAUUUUUUUGUUGUGAAUUAUGAGAGUGCCUCACGAAAACGAAAUAAUGUAGAAACUAUUCCCGGAUCAGAAAUCGACUUUGAUAUCGUUAAUUGUUACUAUUUGCUCUGAGGAAACUCAUUUUCUGAAUGUAUGUUACUGUCCUUUUUAUUGUUCAUGCUUUUAAUAUAUUCAAGUAUGAUUAUAUAAUUUAAAAAAUAAGUCGAAAAGUAGGCAUUUAGUUAUAGCUAGGUUGAAUAUUUGAGAUUAUAUGUGUGAUUCUAAACUGUAUUUGUUGUUUCAGUUUUGUUAAAUAUUUUUUUCAUAGGCCGUAAAAAGAAAGUCUCUGUAAUUACGCUGCAAUGUAAAGCAUACAGAAAAGUAAAAAAAAUAAUUCCCAUUACAUUUACGGGAAAUGAUCUAUGUAUUAAUCAUACGAUAUUUGUUUAUGUUUUGGUACUUUUUCAAUAGGGACAUCAAAUACAUAUAUCAUGGAAUUAUAGAACACACUGUAAAAGUUGGAAAAAGCUAGUUUGUUUAUUAUUUGUCCUUGUGGCGCAUAAUCUUAAAGUUCUACAACAUAUUUUCCGGAUUUUAAAUUCAAAUUGGAAACGCAAACUUAUUGUUUUUCCUUAAACAUGUACUGCCCAGUUUUAUGUUAUCCGACUGUAUCUGUGUUUGUUUUUUCCACUAAACAUAUAUAUUAUCGGUGGGAUUUAUUCAAGUAAUAAUAACUAUUUUUAAAUCUUUUAUAUAUGUAAUACUCGUUUAUGUUUUACUCCACAUUGUGACAAUCUUCAUAGAAAUUUGAAUGUUUGUAUCUUAAUAGAUUAAAUAUUUUGAUGAUAAUAAUUGUUAUAUUGAAAGCCAUACAUGCUAAAAGUCUGCUGUUUAUUUUCGUAAACAUGUACUCAAAAGUAUCCACAAAAUGCGUAAAUUCCAAUGAAUAAAAGGUCUGCUUCAGAAAACAUGUAAGUCUACCGCAAAGAAUGACUUUUGACAUAUAUAUACAAUUUAUAUAUUAUAAUCUUAAGAUAUGUAAAUAUAGUAAAUGUAACAUUUAUUUUGUUUCAACUAUUUUAUGAACCAUUAACAUUUGAAUGAAACUUACUUAAUAAUGUUAUUCGCCGUAAUUCAUGCAAUAAAAGGUCAUAAACUGU